AUGUAUGAGUACAGUGAUCUUUUUACUGAGGCGUUUUCGGCUGCGGAAAGGAUACCAGAGCGCUGGAAAUGUGUGAAGUCCGUGAUCGCCCACGAUUUCUUGGUGGUUCAUCCUAAGGUGCGAUGGGGAGCAUCGUCUGCCUCGGUUCUCAAGGACCCACAACGACAGCUCAACGAAGCUGUUGCUCUUGUGAAUACGUUGCCCGGUUUUCGUGUUGUUCAAACUCCUUCUGACGUAAGCCUUUCUCUAUUCAGAUCGGCUGUUUUGGGUGUGGAGUAUAACACAAAACGCAAGACUGUGUGGGGUAGUGGCCAGAUCGAAGCGCUGAUGACAAUAAAGCAACAGUCACGAGUCACCGCUCUUAUGGUAAACGUGGACAUGCUGUCGCCUCUUCAGCAGCACGAACUCUUCGAUAUUUUCCGCGUUCCGGUAUAUGACCGAUACAAUAUAGUUCUCUCGAUAUUCAAACACUAUGCGUAUACUCUUGAAGCACACCUUCAGAUUCAACUUGCAGAAAUUCCAUACAUCCGUGUAGACGAGUUCGAGGUAUUGCGAUUGCGAGAACAGAGUCUACGCAAAAAAUUGAGACAUCUGGUCGAAAAGAAUGUGGAAAGGGCUAGAGAAGAAACCCAAGGAGCAGCAAUGGUUGCUGUUGUAGGGUAUACGAAUGCGGGAAAAACUAGUCUUGUAAAAUGUCUCACUGGUGCCGUUGGCUUACUGCCUGAGGAUCGUCUUUUCGCAACCCUCGACACCACGAGGCAUGCAGCGAGGCUUCCAUCGGGUCGUAAGGUCGUCUUUGCUGACACUAUCGGCUUUUUGAGCGAGCUGCCAAUGCAUCUGCUGGCAGCAUUCCAUGCAACACUAUCCCAUGUGAAACUAGCAGAUGUUAUAAUUCACAUUCGUGAUCUGUCGAAUCCGGACUGGCCAGCUCAAAGCGAGGACGUCUACAAAACCCUUGAAGCUAUCGGCUUGCCACAUGAUCGUAUCAACGACAUAAUCGUGGCCGAUAACAAAGUAAGUGCAAAAGUCUGCAUAAGUACAAUAACAGAUAACGCAGUCAAAUACUCGCUUUCCUCGUUGAGCAUAAAAGCAAUUUUAGUGUUUUUUUCGUUUUUGGGUCGACGUGUAUGGGACCCCGAUUACUUCAAAUUCCGAUGCUAUAAAGAUAUCAUGCCGGACCUCCGAAGGUGUGGAAAAACUUAUACAACGGAUCGAUAG